UCACACACCCGAACAGAAAGUAAUCUCUUAAAUGUUAUAGGAGAGCCCAAACCUCAUAUGAGCUCUUCCGACGCUCCCGUACCGACGCCGCGCGGAUUCGAAGAUCAGACGCAGCACCACUGCACCACCGACUUCGUCCCCCUUGGCUUCCCACGGAAAAUUAAAGCAAAGUGAAGAGAAAGAGGGAGAGUUGAUCACUUCCGGCAAGGGGCGGGAGACCAGGCCUCCAAAUAUCGCUUAAAAAAAAUUGUGUUUGUGCUUCGUGAUUUGCCAUACGGCAUCUACACACUUUGGCACCAGGGCUUACAGCAUAUUUUAGCAGAAGAAGAAGAUGGAACAGGAAGUGGUGGAGGCAGAGAUUGUGUUGCCAACCCACCUCAGUUUCAAACGGAUUCAAAUGUAUGAGAAGUACCCAAAAAGCCAAUCCAGAAGCAGGCACUGGAAACAUCUCAAGCAGAUCCUUCAGGCUGAGAAUUACCAGAAUUACCCUCCUGAUGAACCCACAUAUGUUAAUAUCGAGUCACCUCCUUCUAUGCAUCCAUGCAAGAGAAUCUGUGAUGUGACCGGAUAUGAGGCGCCUUACUAUGAUCCCAGGACCAAUCUUCGAUAUGCGAAUGCUGAAGUUUUCAAGCUCAUAAGAUCCCUUCCUAAUGAUUACGUGCAAAGGUAUCUGGCUCUGAGAAACGCAGCUGUGGUUCUGAAGUGACUUUGGAGUUUUCGAGGAGACAGACAGACGGCAGGAUCUUUUUCCUUUCAGAAUAUGUUACUGUUGGGAAAUACAGGAUAAUUUUUUAAAAGAAGAAUAUCAAUUCAUAUUCAUCUUAAUGCAUCAAAGCUUGGAUACAAGGAGGAAUACCCUCUAAUACAAUGCUCUCCUCAGAGAGUUUAAGUGCAUCCUUAGCUAAUAAAUGAGCAACAUUAUUACAA